AUGCUGGCGCCCCAGGCCGGGCUGUCAGUCCGAGGGGCGAGUCACUUGACCAACGCUAGGACAGACCGAAAGGCGUCUCGGACAGGUCUGGCAUCGGAGGAGAGCGGAUCCUUCAGGCGAGACCAUCGGACAGGCUUUGCUAAAACAUUGCACCGUCGUGACAUCCUCUACUUCUUUCAUUGCCCAUUUCUUCAAAGCACCAAUUUGCUUCUAGUACGAGCAUUCUUUGUCUCGCGAUGGCGCGAUUUAAGACGGCGCGUUUCCACGCUUCAAUGUUGGCAGACCUUUUGCCUUGUUUGA